GACUCUAGGCCAAGCUGUUCGGAUUGGUCCAGAUAUGCUAUGUGCCCAGUUUGAUGCUGAAUCCGAUUGGUCAAAAUUUUUAGGAGUAGUGGAAAAAAACAGACUGGGACAAAAUCCUAAAAGGUGCAAAUAGGCGUGGUUUAUAUGGAUAGAUUCGUCUAGACCAGGAAUUUUGUUUCUGAGACUUCAAAAGUUCAAAAGUUAAAGGCCAGAACGUAAGGCAGCGGACCAUGGCCGCAACCAUCUCUGCCUUCGUUGCUCUCAGUGGCUUAAGUGAGAAUACAUCUGUAGAAGACUUAUCAGGCUCUGCUACAUCGUUCUUCACAGAUGACAUCACUGUAAACGCCACAGAUUACUACGAUUACUCUUACAACCUUGUCGAGGACUUUGGGAGGUGUGUGUAUGAGCGUCAUGGGGCCAGUUUUCUUCCAGUCCUCUACUCCAUUUUCUUCCUCCUAGGCCUUCUGGGUAACUCUCUGGUCCUCUGGGUCAUUUCUUGUGGGGUGCGAGUCCGCAGCAUGACCGAUGUGUGCCUCCUAAACUUGGCUGUUGCUGACCUUCUCUUGGUGUGUUCCCUUCCAUUCCUAGCCCACCAAGCCCGGGACCAGUGGCUUUUUGGGGAUGCUAUGUGCAAAGUGGUUCUGGGUGUUUAUCAUAUUUCUUUUUACUGUGGGAUCUUCUUCAUCAGUCUAAUGAGCAUCGACCGCUACUUGGCUAUAGUACAUGCUGUUUACGCUGUGAGAGCACGGACAAGGUCUUUUGGAAUGAUCGCAGCUGCUGUUACGUGGGUUGCUGGAUUUCUGGCUUCUUUCCCUGACCUCAUCUUUCUCCAACAGCAAUCUAAUAAUAGUAAUAAUCAGUACUGCUUCCCUGCAUAUCCCACAGCUGCUUCAGGUGAUGCUUAUUCAUACCACUUCUGGACAAUCUUCAGUCUUUUUAAAAUGAACAUUUUGGGUCUAUUUAUCCCGGUUGUCCUCAUGGGUUUCUGCUACUCACAGAUUGUCUGGAGGCUACUGUACAGCCGCUCAUCCAAGAAACAAGCCAUCCGUUUGGUUCUCAUAGUGGUAGCUGUUUUCUUCUGCUGCUGGGUCCCCUAUAACAUUGCAUCGUUCUUCAAAGCACUGGAGCUACUGCACAUCUAUGCAGAAUGCAAAAGCAGCAAAGACAUCAGAUUGGCUUUACAAGUCACUGAGGCCAUUGCCUACUCUCACAGCUGCCUCAACCCCAUCUUGUAUGUGUUUGUUGGGGAGAAGUUCAGGAGACACCUGCUGAGGCUGAUAAACAGGACUCCCUGCAAACUGUGCCAGAUGAUCAAGGUCUUCAUGCCUCAGGACAGAUCAACCGGGUCAGCCUACUCACAGACCACCAGCCUGGACGAGAGGAGCACUGCUGUGUAAAGUGGAGGUAUGGGGGCGGUGUUAUUUUGGUUAUGUGGGUUCCUGUUAUUUGUAUCUGUGUGGUUGUCUCCAUGAUGAGGCAUUUUCUUGUGAAGUCAAAAAGAGGCAGUUCUGGGUAAUGCUCACUUCUUAUAGGCUAUUUUAGGACUUCAGCACAUGUGACUAUGUAUCAGUUUGAGACAUGAGCCUGAAUUUAAGGUCUCUUGAUGUUGUAAUAGUGUUACCCUACAUUUAUAUAUUUUUUAAAUACUUUUAUAAGUUCUAUAGACUCUAUAAGAAUGUAUAAUGGAAUUGUACUGUAAAUAUGGUUUUGGAUACUUUCUAUUUUUUUUGUGAAUUGAGAAUGAAAGAGAGAUUUUGUUUUCCCUUUUUAUCACAUACUGAAGCUGGGUGAAAAAACUGUGUCGACCAUAACAGCUAUCAACAUCAGCAUUCGAAGCCUCAGCAACCCCCUUUAGUCAUCAGCCGCCAAAUGAAACAACAGUCAUGCUGCAACAAGCCAGAGCCUGACUUAGAUACUGACCAUUUCCUUGCAUUCAAUUAAGGUAAACACCAUUAUGAAAAGUGAAACACAUAUUAGCUUUUAUCUGCACAUGAUAAACGCUAAUCAUGCUAAUCCGCUGUCACAACUGCAUCAGUUUUGUGUGUAUCAAACUGCUGCACAGCAAAAGGUUCCCGGUGCAGUUGGCAACCUUAGUAUUGCAAGUUUUACAGCGUCUGUAGCAGCAGAUUUGCGCUUAACAUAGAGAAAACCACAACCUGGAAGGGGAAGUGGAGGUUGUCAGUUUAACCUUUGCAGUUUCUGUGCACAAGUGAGCACUGUCAACAUUUGAAAAUAAAACAUUUCUACUGAUAUUAAUCAGCAUGUCACCAAAACAGGUCUUUCUUUUUUUUUUUUUUACUUCUUAUACAUUUUGAAUAGACUAUAAGAAGAAAUUCCCUUAUUAAAUCAAUAUACUCUAUAUUCUGUCAUCCACACUAACCAACCAUACCAUUCAAUCAGUGAACAGUUAAAGUUAUUCAUUAGACCCUUUACCCAUGGAAGACAUUUUGAAUAUAUAUCACGAUCAUGAAAUUAAAACUAUUUUUUUGGUAGUAUUCAACAAUCACAUCUCCCAUCUGCCAAAGACACAUGGGAACUCUAGUUGUUGAAGUACAUUUCACUUAGAUUUUUUAUAUAGUCAAUUUAAUAUUGCACUUUCAGAAAGUUGGAUGACUCGAGAAAGACAGAUUUGAAAAAGAACUGUCAAAAUUGAAACAGCAGAGGCUGAGACAUCCUGACAUCUAGUCCCUAUAGCGGAUCAAGGUCCAUAAACACCAAAUCCUACACUUCCCAUAAUGCAACUAGAUAGUGUCUUUCAUUAAACCCUCCCUGCCUGGUAAAUGCACAUAUUUCUUUAAACUCCAUGUUUGCAGUGCAGGCUUUCUCUUAUAAAUGUGUAGUCUCAAAGCCCAAGCUGAGAUACUCUGAUGACGUCGCUGUGACUCAUCAGGAUGUUCUCAGACAGCUUAGCUCUUUCAGAAGGCUCCUGUUUUUUUUAAUUUUACGUCAUUGUUUUAUAAUAUUUUUAUGUUAUGUUCUCCAUAUGUAUUUGUAUAAUUUUAAAUAUUUGAUUUGUAUGUGCUGAUAUUGUUUACCUGAAUGUUAUAAAUAUAUAUUAUCUAUAUAUUAUAUAUAUUAUUGUUUUGUUAAAAAAAAAAAGCUCCUUCAGAGGGGCAGCUGGUAUGAUACUCCUCUCUCCCUCAUUUCCUGCUGUCGCUACCAAAUAAAGGCAAAAUGCCAACACAAAAUAUUGUUUAAAAAAAACAAUGUCAAAGUCUUACUCUGAAGGGGUACAGAGCCACAGAAGACAUGCAACUGUUUUCACAGACUGAAGAGUACUAGCCUUGACUAGUAAACCGACUUUGGCAUGUAAAAUCAGUGGAGUGCCCCUUUGACAGAGCAUGUUCUCACAACUGAACAGUAUGCACGUUUAAAAGGUGGCCCCUAAAUGCCAGUGCAGUCAGUAAAGUGACCCAUGUUUUCUACCCUGAGCCAGUUUCAACAUUUUCAUUUGCUGAAUCGCAUAAUUCAGUAAUUUGUUUCUAUUCUUAGGAAAAGUAUCACAUUGUCAGCACUGUUGAUGAUUGAUCAUAAAUGCGUUCCAACACAAGCAGCUGAUGUUGUGUUAAAUAUUUCUGUAUAUUAAGCUAUUGCCUUUUCCAAUAAACUUUUAUUAUGAAAAUACCCCAAA